AUGAAGGUCUUCGAGGUAGCGGACCUGCAGCAACUCUGGGACGAAACGGUGGCGAAGGACUCGAUAUUCCGGGCAGCCUAUAAGGCAGUCCGCGAUCGCGAGCGUGCCUUCCCGCCCUCGCUGGGCCUGAAGAUCCAGAUUUCAGAAUGUGCGAUCGACGCAGGCAAAAGGCUGACAUUCAGAGACCGUAUUUGGUCGCAUGACUCUGUUGCGACCGGUCAUCCCGGCAGGGAAGUCGAAAAGGGGUUUCUCAAGCCUCUGCCGAUUCCAGAUCGACCCCGAAGCCAUUUGUCCAUGGACUUCAUCACAGAUCUGCCGCCUACUGGACCGAGCAAGGCAAGGUACCUGUGGGUGAUUGUGGACAGACUGACAAAGGCUGUGACCCUCGAGUGUCAUUACCGAUUUCACGGAAUGCCACGGUCCAUCGUCAGCGACCGCGGGAGCAACUGGCUAAGUAGGUUCUGGAAGAGGUUCUGCCGUCUUGCAGGUGUCACGCAGAAAUUGAGCACGGCCUAUCAUCCUCAGACGGACGGAGGGCCAGAGAGAAUGAACCAGGAGAUCGAGGCCUACCUGAGAGCCUACGUGUCGUACGUGCAGGACGACUGGGGAGAACUGCUCCCUGCCGCGCAGCUGGCACUCAACAAUCGUGAAUCCGCAGCGACCAAGAUCAGCCCUUUUUCGCUGAGCAUGGUUACCACGUCGAUCCCAUCAGCGUCGAGGAAUCGGAAGAGCCACCGAGGCAUAGAGAGGAAAGCAGAGCUGAUAGCCUACUCAGUCGCCUGCAGGAGGUCAAUGAGUACAUGCAAGCAGUGA